AUGGAAUUCAAUGAAUAUAAUUAUAUGUAUACAAAUCCUCCACCCAAUGUUGGAUACGGUAUGAUGCAGCCAGCGAUGAUGGUACCAGUGUUUGGACACCAAUAUUAUAAUCCACAACAAGCCCUGCAGCAACAACAACAGCAGCAGCAACAACAACAACCAACGGGUCUGUCCAACUCCACUGGCAUGCCACAGCCACCACCACAGCAAUAUGUCACUACCAACCAGUUAUCUCAGUCAACACCACAGUUUUCGACCAAUGUACAUGCCUAUCCCACACCCCAAUAUAUUUAUCAACCACAAAGCCAACCCAUUUAUACCGCCAAUGUACAACAGCAACAGCAGCAACAACAACAACAACACUCGCCCAAUGGAACGCCGAUCACUUCGCAACACCCCAUUUCACAACCGAUCAUGAUGGACAUGCAUCAUGCAUACCUACCAUAUAACAACUUUUUAGUUUCACAACCACCCAACAUGCAGCAGCAACAACAAUCGCCCAUGAUGUCGUCGCCCACCGCCAAAUCACCCUCAACCAGUCCAAUUUCGAAUUCACAAUAUAUAAGCAAUGCCACACCUGCACCAGCAACCCAAUCAAUUUCACAGCCAUUAACUCAACCAAUUUCAAAUAUACAACAACAAGCACAACCAGCACCAGUAGCACCACUAAAACCUAAAUUCUCACUACCACUUCACAAUUUAAAUAAUCAACAGUCCAACACUGGUCCAAUUUCACCAAAAUCCACAAUCUCUACGACACCCAAGAAGCCUUAUUCACCUCGUUCCUCAAAAUCUAAAAGUUCCACUCUCAUCUCACACCAAUUGCCUCUGUCGCCAUCGACCCUCAAGAAUGCUGGAUUGAGCUCGGCGUCGACUCCACUCUUUACCAAUCCAAAUCAGCAACAUGUAACACCAAAUACCACUCCACGUUCGCCACUAUCCGGUUCACUAGAGCUCGGCUGUUCAACUGCAGAUAGUUCUCUCGGUCCAUACCAAAGCACCUCCACAUUUAACUCGCCUCGAAAUCUUUCGAGUGCUGCCAACUCACCUCAACAACAACAAUCACCAAAAUCUUUAAUUAUUCCACAAGCUAUUUCAAUGGUAAAUGAUUUACAACAACAACAGCAACAACAUCAACAACAUCAAGAUCAACAACAACAACAUUUACAAUAUUUCAAUAAUGUGUCAAAGAUUUGUCCAGUUAUAUAUCAACAACCAACUCAACAACAACAAUCACAUCAACCUCAACCAAUUGACCAAAGUUAUAUGUAUCAACCAAACACUUCAACUUCAUCGCUUGAUCCAAUGGACUCGGAAAGCAUUCCAUUGUUUAGCCAGAUUGCUAUGCCUAUUCCAUCGGGAUUGAAUUGUGUCCGUUGUAUGGGUUCUGUCGAUCCACAGAUGUUGCUAAGUUGCAUUCAUUGUCAUGUCCACUUCCAUCGUUACUGCGUGUUUGGUCCAGAGCAACAGAAUCACCUUCAGCCACAACAAUGGAUCUGUAUGCAUUGUCAAAACAUCCAAACUGACUUUGGUCUGAUUCCAACCACCACUUCCAACACCGCUACCAACUGGAUGAACAUACCAAUGCCAAUGGUAGAUCAACAACAAAUCAAUAACAAUACAAAUCUUGAUCUUCAACAAAUCAAACAAGAAAUGAAUGUUUCUCCAAACAACAACAAUAGUAGUAGUGAUUCAGAGGUGUCCGAUAGUGAGAAUGGUGAUGAUUCUUCAGAUGAAGAAGAGGAAGACGAUAUUCAACCAUUGUCCAGACAAAUGAAAGACAACAACGAUGAUGACGACGACGAUGAAGAUGAAGAUGAAGAGGACGAUAGUCAACCAACCUCUACAGAGUCAUCGCCACGCAAUCAGACAACUCCACGUGAAGGAAAAUCAAAGGGUCACUGGACAAAGGAAGAGGACGAAAUGUUGAGAGCACUCGUCGAGAAGUAUGGAACCAAACGAUGGAAGUACAUUGCCUCGCUGCUCGGUCUUCGUAACGGUCGUCAGUGUCGUGAGCGUUGGUCCAACCAACUGGACCCAGGAAUCAAACGUGAUGCAUGGACUCUCAACGAGGACAAGAUCAUCUUGGAAGCACACGCCAAAUUCGGAAACAAAUGGGCAGAGAUUUCCAAACUCCUACCUGGAAGAACAAAUUGUGCAAUCAAGAAUCACUGGAACUCAACAAUGAAGAGAAAGAUCAGUAAGAAGCAAUAUGACAUCUCACUACUCUCUCUAGAGUCACCAAGACCAUCACACUCAUCUUCUCCACCCUCACAAUUUGUACAAAGUAAUAACAACAACAAUUCAACGAUUAUCAACAACAACAACAACAAUAACAAUAUUAUUUCAAAUUCAUCUGAGCAAGCAGUUGAUCAAUAUGCAACUGCUGAUCAGCACAGAAUGAAUCAUUCACCACGUGUUGACAUGUUAUCAACUACAAGUACCACUACCACAACAACAACAUCAUCAUCCUCCUCAAAUAUUAAUAGCAAUAACAACAAUAAUAAUGUUCAACUCGUUAAAAAAGUUGGACUCACUCUCCCCUGUUACAUUUGUGAAUCGAUCACAUAUCUGCCACCAAAGGGAUCGGACUCGACCAACAAACAACAUAUCCUCAGUCAGGAGCACUGUAAUUAUUUCGAUUUGCCAUUCCCCGUUGGUCUAGGCGAGAAGAAACAGUACUGCAUGUGUCACGCACACUACAACUCGUAUCGACGAAGACAAGCAUCCAAGUGUGGCGCCGGUAUCAAUCCAGUGGUUCCACCCUUGGAUUUCACACGAAAGGAAGACGAGACCAUCUUGGCAUUUCGUAGCAGACGUGAAUGGCCAGAUCUAAACGAUAUCCUCAUGAUGAAGAACGAAAACACCAAAAGUGAUACAAUGAAAAUCGAUUUAACUGUACUUUACGAUAUACUUUUGGAAACAAGUUCAUUACCCAUAGAAGAAUGUUAUCAGAAAAUAUAUGAAGUAUUAAAUAUUAAAGCAAAAUCAAAGAAAUCAAGUACUUCUUCUGCUGGUUCCUCUUCUUUACUUGUUAACAAUAACAACAACAAUAAUAGUAGUGGAAAUUUGGACAAUGAUUUAGUCAAUAAGAAAUUGAUAAAAAAUAAUAUCAAAUUCAAGAUUAAGAAUCUGUUGGUCACAUUCCCACAUCUCAAGUUCUACGGUUCCAUCAAGGACUUCCAAUUACAACGUCUUCAAAAAGUACCAGAGAUUCUCUUGGUCAAAGACAAUGAGCAUUUGAGAAUGAAAUUCUUGGAAUCAUAA